CUUAGAGACAGAGCGCAGCUGGAUGUCGCUGAUUUGAAUGAACUAGAGGACACCUCGCAUCAUAACAACGCAUAUAAAAUCUAAAAUAGUAUCUUAAUAAGCACUACACGCUAUUGAGUCGCGGGAUGCAUAACAACAUUAUAGUUGUAUAAGAGAUAUUUCAGAACAGAGCAGCCUAAAAUAGCUGCUGUCAUCGCUUCUUAACAUUUGAAACUAUUUACCUUUUAUUGCUUUUUUGAAAAUAUAUUUUAUCAUAGAGUUUAAUUAUAGCAAUUGCACUUAUGGACACCAUUCUGGACAAUUUCGCCCCGGAUAAACUUUUCCCCAGUGCCAACCUGUUGGACCUUGAGGAUUUGAAUGAAGGGGAUUUUCUCAACAAUGUGCACUUCUCGGAGCAGAUGGAGGACUUCUCCAACGAGCUGUUCAGCAGCUUCUUUGAUGACCACCUCCUGGCCGACAGGAACCCACUGUUGGACAUGGAGAUGGACCCACCCAACCCUGACAUCCAGCAAGAACACAGCUACUCCUUGAGCGGAGACUCGGCCCCCCAGAGCCCCUCCAUGUCCAUCAAAAUAGACGAGGAAGCAGAGUUUGAAGGAAUGUGGUCCUUCAGCCAGGACCUGACGGCCAUCCUGGUAAAGCAGGAGCCUGAUCAACGGGCAGAGCCUUCCUCUACAGUCCCCUCCAUGGGGAACUCAUGCUUCCAGCCUCUCAACCUCGCCCCACCACCUCACAGGAGCUCAUCGGGGGAUAUAUGCUCCAAAGAGUUGAACCUCAACCCCACACCUGCAAUCAAAGAUGAACCCAGAGAGGUCAACCAGUUCCUCAACAUCCCUUCAGGUGAGAAUAAAUUACACUCCCCCACCCCUCCCAGCAGCCAUGGCAGUGACAGUGAUGGAUCCCAGAGCCCCCGCUCCAUACCCCCUUCCAGCCCAGCCCGCCUUCAGGCCCGCUCCUCCGCUGCCAUAUCCUCCUCACCCCUCCUUACCGCCCCACACAAGCUACAGGGCACUUCAGGGCCACUGAUGCUGACAGAGGAGGAGAAACGCACCCUGAUUGCUGAAGGUUACCCCGUACCCAACAAGCUGCCCCUCACCAAGACCGAGGAGAAGGCACUGAAGAGGGUGCGCAGGAAAAUCAAAAAUAAGAUAUCUGCCCAGGAGAGUCGCAGGAAGAAGAAGGAGUACGUGGAGUGCCUGGAGAAAAAGGUGGAGAACUACACGUCUGAGAACAGUGACCUGUGGAAGAAGGUGGAGACACUGGAGAGUGCCAACAGAACUCUACUCCAGCAGCUCCAGAAACUCCAGGCCCUGGUGACAGGAAAAGUGCCCCUAUCCUGCAAGAUGGCCUCCACGCAAACAGGAACAUGUCUUAUGGUGGUGGCGCUGUGCUUUUUCCUGGUGCUGGGCUCCAUUGUGCCUUGUCUGCCUGAGCUCUCCUCCCUGUCCCAUACUGUGAAGUCCUCCUCGCCCCUCCCCUCGGCUGACGUCUACACAGCCAGCCAGGUCCGCUCCCGCAGCCUACUCUUCUACGACGAGAACUCCUCGUUGGAGGACGGUCACGGGGGCUUCCUGAAGAUGGAGGGGGACGGCUUGGAGGGGGCGCCCCUCGACUACAACGAGGACCGGUCGGCACGUGACAGCCACGGGGGCGAACACGAGAACACCAAGUACCUCAACAAGGCUCACUCCGACCCGGUGGACUACAACAGGACCGGCGCCCAGUUCCUCCAAGAAGAGCCGCAGUACCACAAAAUAGAGCCAAACCCCGAAGGAGGAGCGGAGUACUUUUAACCUUUAGGGGCAGAGCUGCCAAAAACACACAGCUCUCCAGACUCCUUACCCAUGUGGAUGUGUAGUGACACUACGGCGCCCCCUAGUGUGCCAUCCCCAACCCACCUCUCCCUGCACUCCCUGACCUCCUGCAGUAGCUCCCUGGCCUUCCUGUUCCAUCUCAUUCCCUGAAGUUCCAACCGGUAGAGAGGAUGAAGAGGGUAUGUGAAGAAGAUAGAAAUGAUGGGCAACUGCAAUCAAAGCUCCACAGAAACUUUUCAUCUUUGACUGCUGUGCUUGACUGGAGGCAGAAGCAGGGAGUGAGAGGGCCUUUUUGAAACUGUGUGCAAUGUGUGUCUGCCUGCACUUUCAAGUGGGUGAGUGUGGUUGCAGUGCUUCUGUGCAGAGGAAGUGCUCCUCAGAUUCCACCACACUGUUGCUUUUUCAAGGACUGCUAAAAAUAUUUAGAACACAGGAGGUACUUCAGGUGAAGGGUGUAUCGGAUCUAUAGCAAAUUGGAUUGGGGGGCUGUAUUUUUAAUUCCAGUUGUCCUGUUAUAGAAAUUCCCUCUCCUAAUUCACAAUUGGUAAUGCAAUUAUUUUAAUACAUACAUUUCAAAGAUUGUCCUCCCAUUACCUUUCGCUUAAAAUGCGCUCUAGUGCCUAGAAUUAUACAUCUUUCAAUGGCAUUUAUUUGACAUUUGACCACAUUUUGUCCCAUAAUGUUUAAGCUUGUAUAUGCAUUGCACUUUUUUGUCUUCAGGUUGACCUUGCAAGCUAAUGGGCAUAAGUGCCUUCAAACUCUUUCAGUGUUUGUAUUCUCACACCAUCCACAUGGGGUUGUUCAUUUGAUUAUUUUACUCUUUAUGCAAUCUAAAUCAUAUGUAAUAUAUACGUAUUAUUGGCAUCAAAAAAGAGCAUAUUUAUUUUAUGCAAAAAAAUAUAGUGAACUUUUCUUUUUACGAAUAUCAAUUAUGAGGUCAUGUUUACAUGAUCUUGUUGUCUUAACUGUUACACAGUUUGUCUGUUUUUGUAUUUAUUUCUGUAUCAAGAAAGUUUUGUAUAUAUUGAAAAAACGUGAACAGGGACAAUCAGUGUAAAUACAUACCAAGGGUGUACAAUACUCCCUCACUGGAGCAAAGCCUUCUCUAGUCCAAGAGACUCUGAAAAACUGCUCAUAUUUACAAAAAUCUUAGUCAAGAGAAUACAUUUCCUCCACAAUUAAAAAAAAUAAAUUAAUAUCAUAAUUAUGUUCAAAAGUCCAUUCAGGCCUAAUGUCUUUGUGAAUGUGAAAAUAGAGUAUAUUUUAAAUUGAAAAUCAAAUUCAGAAUCCUCUGG